GGGAAAGGAGGGGCGUCUCAGGUGUCUGCGACCUCGCCGCCCGCCCGCCCGCCCGCCCGCCCGGAAGUGCCCGCGGGGCCGCGAUGGAGCUGGCGGAGCCGGGCGCUCGGCGGUAGCCCGGCCGGCGAGGCGGGUGCCAUGGCCUUGAUUGAAGGGGUGGGUGAUGAGGUGACUGUCCUUUUCGCGGUGCUUGCCUGCCUCCUGGUGCUGGCCCUCGCUUGGGUCUCCACACACACCACCGAGACCACCACGGACCCCCCGCCCCGGCCAUCAGGGACACCGACGGCAGACCAGCCCAGCGAAGCCAUGGCAGCAGCCACUGACGGCGUCCGAGGGGAGGCUCCGGGGGCCGAGCCUCCCGGCCUGAGACACAGAGCUUCCGCCGCACAGCCAGAGCCUGGCACGGGGGUCCCGGCCCCGCUACCACCCCCAGACUCUCCACAGGAGCCUCUAGUGCUACGGCUGAAAUUUCUCAAUGACUCAGAGCAGGUGGCCAGGGCCUGGCCCCAUGACACCAUUGGCACCUUGAAAAGGACCCAGUUUCCCGGCAGGGAGCAGCAAGUGCGACUCAUUUACCAAGGCCAACUGCUAGGAGACGACAGCCAGACGCUGGGCAGCCUUCACCUCCCUCCCAACUGCGUCCUCCACUGCCACGUGUCCACGAGAGUCGGCCCCCCGCAUCCCCCCUGCCCGCCGGGGUCCGAGCCAGGCCCCUCCGGGCUGGAAAUUGGCAGCCUACUGCUGCCCCUGCUGCUGCUGCUGCUGCUCCUGCUCUGGUACUGCCAGAUCCAGUACCGGCCCUUCUUUCCCCUGACCGCCACCCUGGGCCUGGCCAGCUUCACCCUGCUGCUCAGCCUGCUGGCCUUUGCCAUGUACCGCCCGUAGUGCCCCCGCGGGCUCUGGGCAGCGCAGCCUGCCCUUCCGGACCUCAUUCUCCCAGGCGAGGCGGGAGCUGCUGUCUGCCCCGGCCGGCCUCUCGCGCUGGCCUCUUCCCUCUGCCCUGGAGCCCCGCCCCGCGUCGCCGCGGACUCCGGGGGCCGGGGGCGGCCCCUCCCUGCGAUCUUCACGCCUCGGGGCCCCCUCCCGGAGCCGCUGGCGCCCAGCCCUCCUCGGGCACCUGCUGUCGCUGCCUGGGCCCGGGGCAGAGCCAGGCCACGCCCCCGGGCCGGCCUUAGUGCCCCGCCGCCGCCGAUCCCCACGAGGAGG